AUGUCUACUUCUUACUCAAAUAGCAAUGGCUACCCACAAGAGCCGAACGAGCACGACGCUCUUAUCGGCGACCCGCGUCGCAACUCUGCGCAGCACAAGCGUGCGCUAACCUGGACGAACUGGCCGGGCCAUGCCUGGCACUUGACCUGGGCGACUCUGACGCGGGACUAUGUCAAUGUCCUGCUUGUCUUUGUGCCCCUUGGCAUCAUUGCCGGGGCGCUGAAAUGGAACAGUACUGCGAUUUUCGUGCUGAACUUUUUGGCUAUCGUGCCGCUUGCUUCGCUGCUGAGCUUUGCGACGGAGGAAUUGGCGGCUACCCUGGGUCAGGCUAUGGGUGGACUGAUGAAUGCGACUUUUGGAAAUGCGGUUGAGCUGAUUGUCAGCAUUGUUGCCCUGAAGGACAACCAGAUCCGCGUUGUCCAAGCUAGUAUGCUCGGAAGCAUUCUGUCCAACAUCCUCCUCGUCCUAGGCUGCUGCUUCGUGGUUGGUGGUAUCCGGUUCCCCGAGCAGUCGUUCAAUACCACAGUCGCCUCGACCAUGUCGUCUCUCAUGACCGUCGCGUCCGCUUCGCUGAUCAUCCCUGCGACCCUCUACGCCUCUUUGACUUCCGCCAAGGAUUCCAGCCACACUAUGGAGAAUAUUCUGUUCCUGUCGCACUGGACCGCCAUUAUCCUCCUCGGACUCUACGUCAUCUACCUUGUCUUCCAGCUCAGGUCACACGCGCACCUUUUUGAGGAAGUAAACAACGAAGUUGCUGGGGAUCCAGAAGCCGCAGGCGAGCCGGAAGAGGAAGAAGAACACCUGCUCAGCCCCUGGGCUGCCGGCGUUGCUCUGGUGAUUGUGACUGUUCUGGUUGCCAUCUGCGCCGAUUACCUAGUCGGUAGCAUUGACAGCAUCGUGGAGAAGACGGGCAUGAGCCGCACGUUCAUCGGUCUGAUCCUCAUUCCUAUUGUCGGAAACGCUGCGGAGCAUGUGACGGCUGUUGUGGUCGCGUAUAAGGGCAAGAUGGAUCUAGCCAUUGGCGUUGCCAUCGGAAGCAGUUUGCAGAUUGCUCUAUUUGUCACUCCAUUCCUCGUCAUCCUGGGCUGGAUCAUGCACGUGGAUAUGACUCUUCAUUUCCACAUCUUCGAGACCGUGGCAUUCUUUAUCUCGGGAUUGGUCGUAACCUUCCUUAUCCAGGACGGCAAGUCCAACUACCUCGAGGGAUGUCUGUGUCUGGGAAUGUACUUGAUCCUGGCACUUGCAUUCUACGUGUACCCUGAUAGCGUGAACGAGGAUGCGCUUUUUCACGCUUGA